ACAAUGGAGAAAAUACUAAAAAUUAAGAAAAACUCUGGAAUGAGUAGGUGUGUCCAAACUUCUGACUGGUGCUGUAUGUGGUAAGUGUCAAUGUUCAAACCUGUCUGAUCUGUGCUGAUACCCUCCCUGAACAUAAAAUUUAACAAACAUGAAUAUUCACAAGGUGGAACAACGCAAUGUCCACUGCGAUCUCUACACUGACUGUACUACAGUGCUGUGUGCGUGUGUUUUGUUUCCAUUCCAUGUUAGAUAAUGUAUACACUGCAUUGGACAAACUUGUUAAACAGGUUUUUUUUACAUUAUAACACAGAGAAUGAGUGAUGUCAUCACUCACUCACUCCUAACACUUCAGACUGGGAGUAACUCAAGUUUGAACUGUCACUGUUCACGAGGCUUUGCAUACGUGGUAGGACCACCAAUGGAGUUUGCCUGUGGGUUUGUUUAUGUCCCUCCAUCAACCUAUCAGAGGGAAGUCCAAACGAAACCACAAAUUGCAGUUAAACGUUCAGCUCUCCUUCCUCCCCCAAACAGAAUCCGUCCCCGCAGUCCUCCCCCUCCUCCUCCAGCACCCUCUCCAGAACUACAAAAACAACAACACCACUCUCCAGAACAGAGAAUCACUGAGAAAUGUUUUAAAAAUGCUCUGCUCCCCCCAUUCAUGCGAUCUCAAUCGCCUGCUUACGUCCAGCCAAUCCCAGGCCCACCUUCCCUUCUCCCUUCCAAUAGCCAGAGGCUGACCUAUGACCUUCCAAAGAAGGAACCAGACAUUGGGAGUCAUCCAUGGGAUCCAGACUACUCAUACAAUAUCCCAGAAGGCAGUGGGGAGGAGAUGAAGCAUCCAAACACCACCGGCAGCAGUGGAUCUGCACAGAAGUCAGCUCCAGCCUUGCCACCAAGACCUUCCUUUAUGAAGUCCUGUCCAGAAUACCUAGUUCUGUUGCCUGAUUCUUUCUCCUCCUCAAAGUCCUCCUCUUCAUCCUCCAGAUCAAGGGAACCAUUGGUGGGGAAUCCAAAUGUGAUCCUAGUCAGUUUGGGGGAGCUGAUAUCAGAGGAAAACGUGUUCACCAUAGAGGGAGAGCCCACCUGCUGCUCCCAGUGUGGCUCUGUGCUGGACUCCUUCUAUGACAAUGUGGUGAAUGUCUGUUAUUUUUGCCAGUCAUCAUUGGAACCACCUACCUCCUCAUCUGCCACCUGUCUCGGUUGCCGGGACAGUGUCUUCCUGUUGACCCCUGGUGACAAGGCCCUGGCCCUUACAGACACCCUGCUCCUGUUCUGUAUCGACAUCUCAGCGUCCAUGAGUAUCACCUCCCAGAUGUUGGAAGGAAAACAGCCAAUCUACAGGUCACGUCUUCAGUUUGUUCAGGAAGCAGUGUUACAGAGUGUUCGGAAGCUGAGUGAAACGCAACCACACAUGCGAGUAGGACUCAUCACGUUCAACAAUCAGGUGACUCUGCAUGGAAAUGAGGAGGUCACCUCACGUUUUUUGCGGGGUGCGGAGUUGAUUGACAGUGAAUACCUUAAGGAAGCAGCGUUCAGCUUCCCCAGCCCACAACCCCUCUCCAGGACCAGGGACUGUCUACAGAGAGAGAUUCUAGGAUUGUAUGAGAGUGGUGCCACGGCUUUAGGUCCUGCUUCUCUUGUAGCCAUAGCGAUGGCUUCUCGGAAACCAGGGUCAAAGGUGAUCAUCUGCACAGAUGGAAAGGCCAACACAGACCUGGGGAAUCUGGAGGUGGAGGGCAUUGAUGCUCGAACUUGCCUCUCCUCCACUAUCUUCUACCACGACCUGGGGGAGUACGCUGCUAGCCAGGGGGUGAUGGUAUCAGUGUUGGCUAUCGAGGGGACAGACUGCAGACUUGAUGAGCUGGGGAGACUAGCAGACCGCACAAGCGGAAAGGUGGUGAUAGCAAGUCCACAUGAACUAUACACUGAAUUUGAGGAGAUUAUUGAGAACAGGACGAUAGCGACACAUUGUAGUGUCACUUUGCUGCUCCCCACAACACUGCCUUCAUCUCUCGGCCUCAUUCGCACUUCCGCCAGGUGUGUGAAAGGAGAGAGGGAGGCUGGGAACAGGGUGACCAGAGAGGUGGGCAAUAUGGCAUCAGACACAGAAAUCACCUUUCAAUUUGGAGCGAGGGAACACGGCUCACAGGGAGAGGUGUCAGCCCCAGUGGCAGGUGGCCGUGUGUCUGUUCAGCUGCAGCUGAGAUACAGACAGAAGGAUGGACACAGUAUGCUCAGAGUGCUGACGGCUGAUAAAGAGGUGACGGAUGACAGCUCAGUGGUCCUCUCCUCUCUGUUUCUAGCUAUCAUUCAGCUCAACUCAUCCCAGGCCAGCGCCGCUCUAGCUGUCAGGGGCCGCUUCCAAGAUGCAAAGAGUGAGGGGGAGACACAGAGGGAACUGAUGGAGAGAGCCCUAGAGUAUGAUAGAAGUGCAGAAGACAAACUGAUUUAUUCAAAAUGGCUUAAAACCAUGGAACCUAUACACAACAGCCUACAAAACUACACAAGGAGACAAUCCAUACAUUCUGAUACACUGCAGUCUCUAACAGACAUGGGUGCUGCACUGCUGUACAGCAUGAAGAACAGCAACAGGUCUAUUUCACUGAAGGAAAAGCACCAACACUGAUUGGUGGCUACUGACUAUGCCUGAUAUCCUUGGAAGUUAUUCAAGUCCUACCGACUUCUGGGGAGGCCUAUUUAUACACAAAUCUGACUAAUUAAUGUAUCUAACAAAACAUUCUACAUCUGGAAAUAUAUUAUUUAAAAUAGCAUUAACUGUCGAUAUUGUACUUGUUCAUUCUAUUUGUAAAUAGAAUGUUCUUAUCUAUGCACACUAUCAGAACGUCAUGUCAGAACUGCAAUGGCACAUAGCAAGUGAAAUGGGUUUGUACCUGCAGUGCCUUCAGAAUGUAGUCAUACCCCUUGACUUAUUCCACAAUUUGUUGUGUUACAGGCUGCACUCAAAAUGUAUUCAUCUACACACAAUACCCCAUAAUGACAAACUGAAAACAUGUUCUUAGAAAAUGUUGCAGAUGUCUUGAAAUUGAAAUAAAUAAAUAUCUAAUUUAUAUAAGUA